AUGGAGAAAGGCAGACUUCCUUAUUCAUGUUUCAUGCUACUUCUUGUCCUGCUCUCUACCAAUGCUUCAGACCCUGCAGAACCCUAAUAUGUGGUGGUGGUCCCCUCCCUGUUGAAUUACACUGGGAGCCCUGAGAAGGGCUGCCUCCUUCUGAGGUACCUGAAUGAGACAGUGUCUAUAAGGGCUUCCUUGGAGUCCCUCAGGAACCAGAGUCUCUUCACUGACCUGGUGGUGGAAAAGAACUUAUUCUACUGGGUCUCCUUCACUCUCCCAAAGAUCUUGUCCUCUUCAGAGGUGGCAUUCCUCACUGUCCAGAUAAAGGGACCAACACAAUAUUUUAGGAAGAGGAGCACAGUGUUGGUAAAGAAUACUCAAAAUCUGAUCUUUGUCCAGACAGACAAACCCAUCUAUGAACUAGGACAGAAAGCAAAAUACCGUAUUGUCUCUGUGGAUGAGAACUUUCAUCCCCUAAAUUAACUGAUUCCAUUGAUAUACCUUGAGACCCAAAAAAGAAAUUGAGUUGGACAACUGCAGAGUCUCAGGUUGGAGAGUGGCCUCCAACAGCUGGUCUUUACCCUCUCAUGUGAGCCCAUUCAGGACUUUUACAAGGUGGUGGUACAAAAGGAAUCAGACGAAAGGACAGAGCACCCCUUUACUGUAGAAUUUGUACUUCCCAAGUUUGAGGUCCAAGUUCAGAUGCCAAAGAUAAUCAAUAUCCUGGAUGAAAAAGUGAAUGUAUCAGUACAUGGGAUAUACACCUAUGGGAAACCUGUCCCAGGACUUGAGACUGUAAGCAUGUGCAGAAAAUUAUUUCAUUCUGCUUACUGUCAAAAACAAGAAUUCUGCGAGAAAUUCAGUCAACAGCUUAACAGCAAUGGCUGCAUCAUCCAACAAGUAAAAUCAAACUUACUCCAGAUUAAAAAUAUGGGUUAUGAAAUGCAACUUACAGUGGAAGCCAAGACCAGAGAAGAGAGAACAGAACCAGUAUUUACUGGUUAUGAGACCUGUGAAAUCACAAACAUUGUAACCAGACUCAGAUUCGUGAAAGUGGAUUCGAACUUUAGACGAGGAAUUCCCUUCUUUGGACAGGUGCUUCUGAUAGAUGGGAAAGAUGUGCCUAUCCCCAAUAAACGUAUCUUUAUCUCUACAAGUGAAGCAAAUUAUCUUUACAACACAACUACCAAUGAACAGGGUCUUGUUCAGUUUUCAGUCAAUACUACUAAUAUCAUGGCUAACAAAAUUUCUGUCAUGACCUGGAUCUAGGAGUUGGUGGUGAACUCAUCAGGGGUGGCUGAAGUGGAAGUGACAGUCCCUGAUACCAUCACGGAGUGGAAGGCGGCCGCCCUCUGCCUGUCCAAUGACACUGCUGGUCUCUCUCUCCCUGCCUCCCUCCGAGCCUUCCAGCCCUUCUUGGAGCUCACAAUGCCCUACUCUGCGAUCCUCAGAGAAGCCUUCACACUUAAGGCCACCAUCUUCCACUACCUUUCCAAAUGCAUCUGGGUGUCAGUGGAACUGAAAGCUUCUUUAGCCUUCCCACAAUCCCAAAAUGAAAAAAGAAGAGAGUCCUUUUACAUCUGUGCAAAUGAGCAGGAAACCCUGUCUUGGACGAUAACUCCUAAAGCUCUGGGGAAUGUGAACUUCUCAGUAAGUGCAGAGGCAGUGCAGUUCCUAGCACUGUGUGGAAAUGAGGUUGCUGAGGUCCCUGAGAUUGGGAGAAAAGACAUGGUCAUCAAAACCCUGUUGGUGGAGGUAAUGCCUGAAGGUAUUGAGCAAGAAAAGACUUUCAACUCUAUGACCUGCACUUCAGGUACUGAAAUAUCUGACCAAUUAUCCCUGAAGCUCCCACCAAAUGUGGUCAAAGAAUCUGCCAGAGCCUCUUUCUCAGUUUUGGGUGAGUGACAUAAUAUGUCUGCUAUGCAAAAUAUACAGAAUCUCCUCCAGGUGCCCUUUGGCUGUGGAGAACAAAACAUGGUCCUGUUUUCCUAUGUCUUGAACUAUCUGAAUGAAACCCAACAGUUGACUCCAGAGAUCAAGUCCAAGGCCCUUGGUUAUCUUAUCAGUGGUUACCAGAGACAGCUGAACUACAAACACCGAGAUAGUUCCUAUAGCACCUUUGGGGAGCAAUACGGCAGGAAUCAGGGUAACACUUGGCUCACGGCCUUUGUACUGAAAACUUUUGCCCAGGCUUGAACCUGCAUCUUUAUCACUGAAGCACACAUCGCCCAAGCCCUUGCCUGGCUCUCCCAAAGGCUGAAGGACAAUGGCUGUUUCAGGAGUUCUGGGUGUCUGCUCAACAAUGCCAUUAAGUUUAGGUUAGAAGACGAAGUGGUCCUCUCUGCCUAUGCUUUUCCGAAGAUUCCUCUUCCGGACGCUCACACUGUUAUCCACAAUGCCCUGUUCUGCCUAGAGACCACCUAGAGCACAGCAAAAGAGGGGACACAUGGAAGCCAUAGCUAUACCAAGACGCUGUUGGCCUAUGCUUUUGCCCUAGUAGGAAACCAAGGCAAGAAAAGAGAAAUACUGAAGUCUCUUGAUGAGGAAGCUGUGAAAGAAGAUAAUUCAGUCCACUGGGAGUGACCUCAGAAACCCAGGGCACCAGUGGAGCAUUUUUACCAACCUCAGGCUCCCUCAGCUGAGGUGGAGAUGAUGUCCUAUGUGCUCCUGGCUUACCUCAUGGCCCAGCCUGCCCUGACCUCAGAGGAGCUGACUUCUGCCUCACGCAGCAUGAAGUGGAUCACCAAACAACAGAAUUCUCAGGAGGGCUUCUCCUUCACCCAGAGAAAAAGGAAAAACUAUGAAAGGGGUAUAAUUCAGGGGGAAAAAAAGCCAGUGUCCCCUUGUGUAGUGGCUUUCCAGGCCUUGUCCCGAUAUGGAACACCCACAUUCACCAGGACUGGGAAAGCUGCACAGGUAACCAUUCAGAAUUUGGCAUUUGUUACAAAUUUCCAAGUGGAUGACAACAACCCCUUGUUAUUGCAUCAGGUCUCAUUGCCAGAGCUGCCUGGGGAAUAUGUUGCAACAGUGGCUGGAGACAGAUGUGUGUAUCUUCAGGUGAGACUCCAGUUAUACACUAUGAAAUACAAUAUUUUUCCAGAGGAGGACUACCCAUUUGCCUUGAAGAUGCAGACUGUACCCCAUACUUGUGAUGGACCCAAAGUUCACACCAGCUUCCAGAUCUCACUGAAUGUCAGUUACACGGGGAGCUGUCCCACUUCCAAUAUGGUGAUUGUUGAGCUGUCUGGUUUUAUCCCCUUGAAACCAACAGUAAAAAUGCUUGAAAGAUCUAGCCAUAUGAGCAGGACAGAGGUAAGCAACAACCAUGUCCUCAUUUAUGUGGAACAGCCCUACUGCAGGUUUCUUGCUGUCUUCAACAUCCUUUAA